UGGUUCACCCUAGUUAUAACAUCUGAUCGGUCUGUUUUUGUAUAUUCUCAGCUCUGUGUUGUUUGGAUUUAUUUCACUAAAAUGAGCGCAUUCCGAGUGACUAAAACGGCUACUGGCCUGACAGGCCUGCCAGUUUCAAAGACUCCUCAACAUACGCUGAGUGUGCUGUAUGGGAAGAUUUUAAAUGUGCUUGACAGUAUGCCAAAGGAUGCUGCUUAUCGAAAAUAUACAGAGGAGAUCGUCAAAAGUAGAGCUGCCAUCGUUAGUCAGGCAAAAACAAGUGAGGAAAUCGAACAAAAGAUUGAAUGUGGUCAAGUAGAAGAACUUAUCAUCCAAGCAGACAACGAACUAGCCUUAGCAAGACAGUUUGCUCGUUGCAAGCCUUGGGAACCCCUGAUGACCAGUGCACCGAAGGACCAAUGGGUUUGGCCUCAUACAAAAUAAAAUUUCACUUCUUUUCUUCAAGAAUAGGGCUAUUAGAAUAAUUUGAGCUGUUGUAAUUUAAAUAAAUUAUUAUUAUUCAA